AAUGGCGCCACGUAACGACAACAAUGCAGAAAAUGCUUGUAAAAAGUGCAGUAAGGAAGUGAAAAUUUGUGUGACCUGUUAUUCGUGUGAAAGUAAAUAUCACCCUAGCUGUAUCCUUAAAAUAAAUGGAAUUUAUGUCGACAGUGGAAAGGUGCUGUGUUGUGAUGACAUAACCUCCAAAUUAAUUGAAUAUAGAAAGAUGGAACAAGAACUCCAAAAAGCGAAAUCUCGUUUAGUAAGUCUGAAUCAACUAUGUUUUGAACAAUCCAUGAGUCAAACAAAUAUGAUUGAAAUAGAAUCAACAGAUACAAUAACAACAGGUGAAAACAAGGAAUAUGAAAUAAUGUAUUUGAAUAGAAUAAUAGAGGAAAAAGCGGAUAUGAAUGAAGAAUUACGAGACAAAAUAAAGGUUCUGAAUAAAUAUAUAUCGUUAUUAGAAAAGCUUGACAAAAACGAGACUUCACUAGUGCCAUCUCCAAGGGAAACAUCUAAUCCUACAGAUAACUGUAAUCAUAAAUUUAAGAAGAGUAAAAUGCCAUCUGAUGCACCCACAUCUGCAGAUAAUGAGAUUUCAAUGAAGAAAACUGCGUCGACCCCACUAUCAACAGCGGUGAUAACAACAUAUGCAGAUAAGACGAAGACAAUGAAGAAAUCUGUAUUGACUCCAAUAUCAACAGCGGUGACAACUCCUAGAAGAACGGAUGAUGGAAAUAAAUGGACAAUCCCUGAAAAGAAAAGAAAAAUCAAGCAAGGAACGGAUGAAGGCGCCUACUCACUGAAAGCUGCUGAUCGCAUGGCCUGGUUGUAUGUCGGACGGGUGAGUAAGAAUUGUACCGAGGUAGACCUUCUCGAAUUCUUGAGAAAAAAAAAGCCUCACAGAAAAUUCGAAGUUCAGAAAAUAUCAAAACCAGAGAGCCCCAAUACAUCAUUCAAGGUGGGCUUCGACUUCGAGUUAAUAGAAGAUCUGAAUAAGGAAACAUUUUGGCCUCGAGGAAUAAUAAUAAAGAGAUACCGUUUUUUUCGAGAACAAGGACAAUUCAAAGAAGCUAGAAGAUCACCCUCUCAAUUUGCUCAAUGUUAACGUCAGAUCUAUUAAUGAGAAAAUUGAACAACUACAGGAACUUAGUUCGUGUUGUACGAUUGCAAACAUCAACGUACAGUCACUGACGAAUAAAAUUGACGAUUUUAUAUUUUUCAUAAAUGACCAGAAAAUAGACAUAACCUGUGUCACAGAGCAUUGGUUUUCGGAUGACUUGCUGAAUAAGGUAAAAUGGGGGAGUUUAAAUGUGGCCAGCUCCUUCUGUCGCAAUACAUCAAGACAUGGAGGUGUUGCAAUUUUUGUAAAUAAAGAGAUGCAAUACAGAGAAUUGCAAAACGUAACAAAGUUUUCUGUGGAGAAAGAAAUUGAGAUAGCGGCAGUCAGGCUUCCAGUUUUACGGCUUAUUAUGGUGGCUUUAUAUAGGCCUCCAUCAGGAGACUAUCCUACAUUUCUGUCAGCUCUCGAAUGGGUACUGGAGGAAUGCCUCGGGAGCUACGGAGAUGAUAGAAUUUUGGUGGUUGGCGAUUUUAAUGUGGAUUUCAUCAAGACUUCCAAAGAUAAAACUAAGUUGAUUGAAAUGCUCAAAAUGUACAGUAUGAGAUAUAUUUUCACAGAACCAUCUAGAGUGACAAUACAUUCGAGUACUUGUAUAGAUA